AUGGAUAUGGAUGAUGACCCCGAUCCGGAGAUGCCAUCGAGUGGGACGCCGAUGCAUCCCAUCGAAAUUUCAGAUGGAUCGUCCUUUCACGGUUCACCUUACCGAGGCCCAGACAGCUAUGAAGCAAGGUUUGCCUCGUAUCCUUGGGAGUUCACUCCCCCUUUUCAGCCACAGUUUCAACAUCAGCAACAGGAUCCCUCUGAGGAUUCUCGUUUUCAGGCGGUCACUCCACCACCGCCACCGCCGCUAGAGCAGCAGCCGCAUCCGGAGCCACCGAGGCGGAGAAGAACAACCGCACGGAUGUCCGGGCGAGGGGGAAUCCGUAUCAGCACCCCUCAACCCUCCAGUGGAAAUCACUACCCGCCACUAUAUGAAGGCCCGCAGAUGGGUGGGCCUUCGAACCCAGUUUCCGAGGUGGAAUCUGCGCCAGUCGCACCACCACCAUCACAAAUGGGUUAUGAUAACCCGAUUCCUUCAUACGCCGGUGCAGCGGCGUAUAACCCUUUUGCGCAGCCAGCCCAUACUAACUACAACUACGCCCAAGUUGACCCAUACCUUCAGCAGCAGCCGCAGCCACCACAGAUCAAGCCGCCACAACAGCAGGAGAUUCUUCAAAGGUUGAGCCAGGUGGAACGGGAGGUUCAAGAGGAGCGUAGAAGCCACCGGGGAUUUCUCAAAGGUUUGCGAUCAAGCUACAUGGCAGAAUCUGAAGAAGUCAACAGCCACCCUCUAGAGAAUCAUGAUACCACCAGGAUCAACAUAACUGGUGCGGAACUUCGAGAGUUGAUUGAUAAUGCUGUUUCUAAAGCUGUGGACAUGCAAUUUAAGGAAUCAAGUGGUACACAUAGCAAGACCUUAUCAGUACCCCAUUCCAAAUCACACCCUAAGACUCAUUCUGAGGCUCAUAGUAAGCCACCUUCUAAACAUCAUGAGUCAAAGAAGGAUGAUGCUCAACACUCCUCAAAUCAGCAUAGUGUUCCAUCUAAAAAGAUUGUGUUUGACCAAGAGCCACGCGCAAAGACUUGCUCCUAUAAGUAUUUCGUCUCCUGCAAACCCAGGGAUUUCACUGGGGAAAAAGGAGCCAUUGAUUGCAGACAUGGCUAG